AUGUGCUCCUUAUACUUCACUCUGAAGUCUGGAAAUACCAGAAAGAGCAAGGAAAAAGUCAUUGUGGUCCUUGAUGACUUGAGUGAAAGCACUUUACAGGAGAAACGUAGAAUCCUUCAAGAACAACCAAGUAUCGGGCGAUAUUCCCAAGAUCUCAUUCUCUUCAGUCAAACAGAAAAAAAGGCUGGGUUUAAGCAAAACACACUGGAACCACUCAAAAAAACUUUAAAGGCCAGUUUAAAACCUGACUCUUCAUUAUCAUCAUCGUCAUCGUUGUCAUCUAACCAGAAUCAGAAUUUCUUCAGCACAGAAAGAAAAGCAUAUCGUGGUGGGAAUUCCCAAAGCACUCUGAGUAGUGAGGGGCCUGAGGUUUCUAGGGGCAAAGAAUCAGCCAGUGCAUUCAAUGAAACCCAUCCCUUUAGUCAAAAGUUGGAUCAGAUAUUAAGCAUUGUAUCCAACCAGAAACAACAGCUUGAAGAGUUUAAGAAGGAUCUCCACAUGGAGAUAUCCAAACUGAAUAAAGAACAUAGUGACGAGAUAUCUAGACUGAUUCAGCAUCAACGUGAAGAUAUAUCCAGACUGAUGCAGAAACAUCAAGAAGAGAUAUCCAGACUGAAUAAGCAACAUAGAGAAGAUAUAUCCAGACUGAAUAAGCAACAUUGAGAAGAGAUAUCCAAACUCAUUACGUACAGUCAUCUGAAGUUUUCGAGGGGUCAAUCUUCAACAUCAGAAAAGAGGACCAGAUGUCCCAAGUCAAGGUCAACAUGUUUUGAUGCAGUUCCAGUGAGAUAAAAUUGAGCUCCAUUAAACCUUUUUACACUGUUAGAUAAUAGGUCCAAAUGCAAUUCUAUGAUUCAUGAUAAUGUUGAUCACAAUAAAUGAGUAUACCUUUAAA